AUGGCUUCCCUGGAUACACCCUUCUUCCGUGAUGUAAUGGACUAUGACCGGUUCGUCCUCUUGAACAAGUUUUUGCAUUUCGCAGACAACACCAAAGCAGGAGACGAUGAUACAAUUCCCCGUAAGCUGUACAAAUUGUGGCCAAUACUCCAGCACAUGAAGAGAAGAUUCCCAGAUGUUUAUCAGCCAGAGAGGGACGUAGCUAUCGACGAGUCCCUUAUGCUGUGGAAGCGAAGACUGGGGUGGGAACAGUACAUCCCUUCCAAACGUGCACGCUUUGGGAUAAAGUCGUUCGAGAUAUGCAAGUCCAGCUCAGCCUACAUCUUGGACUUCUUUGUUUACAUAGGGGAGGGUACGGUGUAUGAUCCAAGGCUUGAUGAGGACCUACCAAUGGGUUCAAAAGUAAUCCUGACACUUGGUCGGCAGUUCUUCAACAAAGGUUACUGUAUCAAUAUGGACAACUUUUUUAGCUCACCUGGUCUUUAUGAUGAACUUUGUGCAAGAAGCACUGAUGCUGUUGGAACCAUCAGGCCUAACCACAAAGGUCUACCCAAAGACUUUCUGAAGCAGAAACUUCGUAAGGGAGAGAUCAAAGCUGCGUAUAGUGAGAAGCUGAUGCUUCUGAAGUGGAGAGAUAAGAAGGACGUCCACAUGCUCAGCACCAUCCAUGAUGCCAGAACCAGGCAAGUAGCAAGAGCAGAUCCAAAUAAGCCACCAGUAAUGAAACCACAAGUGUGCUGCGAUUACAAUGAUACCAUGGGUGGUGUUGACCUGAGUGACGCCUUCUUUUCUGCCUACCCAAGUUCCAGGAAAAGGUUGAAAAAGUAUUAUAUCAAGCAGUUCCGUCAUAUCCUGGAUAUGGCUGUACUGAAUGCCCAUAUCUUGUUCAAGAAGAUGGGAGGAACCAGUCCAAGACUAAGCUUCAUUCUUUCACUGGUGGAUAGGUUAGUUGGGAAGUACAAGGUACAACAGAGAGAGAAGAGGGCGGGGCGUCCGUCCCAUAGUGACACUCCGUUGCGCCUCACUGAGCGUCACUUCCUUACCCGCACCCCCCCAACACCCAAGGAGGAGUACCCUCAAAGGAAAUGUCAUGUCUGCUUAUCAAAAGGCACCAGGAGAGACACACGUUACAUGUGUAACAAGUGUGACAAGGCUUUGUGCAUUACUCCAUGCUUUGAAAUCUACCUAACCUCGCUAAGUUGUGCCGAGUUGUGCAGGACUGAUAUAGUUCCUCCCAUCCCCCUGGAUCAUGUCUCUCACCCCCCAGUAAAAUUUAUUGCACAAAGAGAUGUAGAAGAAAGUAGUAUGUACACUCUUCUGUCCCAAAAAGGAGACAAAUUGUAA